UCCGCCGCCCACCGGCGGGCAGCGCUGCCGCCUCAGCGGCCGGGAGGAGCGGCCGGCCCGCCCGCUGCCGCCGGGCAUGAGCCGCGGCUCCGCGGGCGGCCGCAGCGGUGCCAGUGGCGGCGGGCGGCGGCGGCGGCGGCGCGCCCCGCGAGCGGCGGCGGCCUGCGCGGGCGGCGGCGGCGGGAGAUGCGCUUGCUGCCGGCGGCGCCAGGAGCAGCAUGUUGCCCGGUGCCGACAGCGCUAGCAGCGCGGCCGAGGCGGCCGCCGCCGGCCCGCCGGGCUCGCACGGCCCCGGCGGCGAGGCCGCCCGCCGCAGCGCCCCGGCGGCCGCCGCUGUGGAGGAGGCGGAGGACGAGGAGGACGAGGAUCGCGGCUCGUCCCGGCUGGUGCUGGCGGCCGGGCUGGGGCUGCUGGCCGUGUCCCUCGCGCACCUGGGGCAGGAGCGGGCCGAGGCGGGCGCCGCCGGGCCGCCGUGCCUGGCGCUGCCGCUGCUGCGCCUCGGCCUCUACGCGGGCUGCGCCGCCGCCGCCGCCGCGCUCGGCGCCCUGCUCGGCCUGACCUGCCGCGGCCGCCCGCCGCCGCCGCGCUUCGCCGCCGCCGCCGCUCCGGCGCUGGGCGCCGCGGGGAGUAACUGGUCUGGAAACUCCCAUGACUCGGUUCAGUCCAGGAGAGUGGUCAUUUCUCACAACAUGGAUAAAGCGCUGAAAGAAGUGUUUGACUACAGCUAUAGAGAUUACAUCCUGUCCUGGUAUGGGCAACUCAGCAGAGAUGAAGGGCAGCUGUACCAGCUGCUAUCUGAAGACUUCUGGGAGAUUGCCAAGCAGCUGCGACAGAGGCUGAGUCACAUUGAUGUAGUUAAAGUUGUCUGCAAUGAUGUGGUGAAAGCUUUACUCACACACUUCUGUGAUCUUAAAGGAGCCAGUGUCAGGCAAGAAGAUCCACCGAAGCCCUUUUUGCUGCACCCAUGCUUGAGGAGCUCUGAUGAAGAAGUAAGAUUCCUGCAAAAAUGUUCUCAAAUUCUGGUGUAUUGUCUCCUACCCUCAAAGGAUGUCCAGUCUGUCAGCUUGCGCAUAGUCCUUGCAGAAAUACUUGCAACAAAAGUACUGAAACCAGUGGUGGAGCUGCUGAGUGAUCCAGAUUAUAUCAACCGAAUGCUGCUCAGCCAGCUGGAGUACAGAGAACAGAUGAAUGAGCAUCACAAGAAAGACUACACAUAUGCUCCUUCUUAUGAGGAGUUCAUCAAGCUCAUUAGCAGCAACUCUGAUAUUGAAUUCCUGAAACAGCUGAGGUAUCAGAUUGUAGUGGAAAUAGUUCAGGCAACCACAAUCAGCAAUUUUCCCCAAGUGAAGAAGCAGAAAGAUUCAAAAGGAAAAGAAACUGCUGCGAUGAAAGCUGACCUACUGAGGGCUCGCAAUGUGAAGAGGUAUAUUAAUCAGCUGACAGUGGCAAAGAAGCAGUGUGAGAAGAGAAUAAGGCUUUUGGGGGGGCCUGCUUAUGAUCAGCAGGAAGAUGGCACUUCUGAUGAAGGUGAUGGCCCCCAAAGUCAGAAGAUUCUUCAGUUUGAGGAAAUUUUGGCCAGCCCUUCAUACCGAGAGCACUUCCGAAUCUACAUGGAUAGGAUGGACAAGAGAGCUUUGAUCAGUCUUUGGGAAUCUGUGGAGUGUCUGAAGAAUGCUAACAAGGCUGAAAUACCUCAGCUGGUGAGUGAAAUUUAUCAGAAUUUUUUUGUGGAAAGCAGAGAAAUACCCGUGGAAAAAUCACUUUAUAAAGAAAUACAGCAAAGUCUUGUGGGUAAUAAAGGCAUUGAAGUAUUCUACAGAAUUCAGGCAGAUGUUUAUGAAACUCUGAAGGAUAGAUACUACCCCUCGUUCAUUGUCAGUGAUUUAUAUGAGAGACUGAUCAAGCAGGAAGAGGAAAGAAGUUCUGUUCGACUCACACCUGAGGAUAAAGAUGAAGUGAGCCAAGGUUGUGAAGAAGCUAGUGAAGAAUGCAGCACGAGAAUUAAUGAGCAGGCCAGUUACGCUGUAAAUAAACUUCGCCAGCUAAAUGACAAGCUGGAGUACAAGAAACAGGCUCUAAGUUCCCUGUGUAGUUCACCAAAACCCGACAAAAAGAUUGUUUCCAAGUUGAAGGAUGAAAUUACUUUGAUGGAGAGAGAGCACAGUGACCUUCAGUUGCACAUUGCAAGAACGGACUGGUGGUGUGAGAAUCUUGGCAUGUGGAAAGCCUUCAUAGUCUCAGGCGAGGUUUUAGAAGAGAAUGGAGAACAAGUGCCCUGUUACUCUGUCAUGGUGAGUUUACAAGAAGCUGGUGGAGCUGAAACUAAGAACUGGACUGUUCCCAGGAAGCUCAGUGAGUUUCAGAGUCUACACCGGAAACUCAGUGAGUGUUUUCCGUCGUUAAAGAAAGUUCAGUUGCCUUCCCUCAGCAAGCUGCCCUUCAAAUCUGUGGAUCAGAAAUUCAUGGAGAAGUCCAAGAACCAGCUUAAUAACUUUCUGCAGAAAUUGCUCUCAGAUGAAAGACUCUGUCAGAGCGAAGCACUUUAUGCCUUCUUGAGCCCUUCCCCAGAGCACCUCAAAGUUAUUGAUGUGCAAGGAAAGAAGUCAUCUUUCUCGCUCUCAUCAUUUCUGGAACGACUUCCUGGUGAUUUGUUUUCUCAUCAAGAGCUGCAGCGUAGCCUGACAUUCUCAGAAAGUUUUAAAAGCUGGAUACCCAUCAAGGUACAGGAGUCAGUGAACAGUGGAGUGAUUUUGGAAGUUUACAGUGCACUUCGUUGCUGUGGGUUUUUCUUCCCCUUUUCUAACUAUGAAGAGAGAAAUAGCAUCUCUAGUAGUGCUGAAGAAAAUGCCAAAUACAACACAGGAAAGGAAAGUUACAGGAUACAAGUGGCGGAAUAUGCAACACUGGAGUUAUUUAUCCAUACACUGUUAUGCAGUAAGAUUCAGGGACUGGAAAUGUAGCCAGAGUCAAUGAUGGGCUUUGAAGGACAUGAGGAAGGAGGAAGAUGAGAACUAACGUACAGCUGAGAUAUUGCGGGAUACACUCUGUAUAGCAGCAUUCAAAUGGCAGGCAAGGGAUGAGUGAAAGACUGUGACCAUAAGAAUAAGAAAAGGAAGAGACAAAAAUAAUGCAAGAGAAAUGAGCUACGAAAUAAGUUUUCGGGGCUAGAAGAUGAGAGGGGGAAAAUAAGCAAUGUUAGAUAAUGUUGUGACAAGGAAGCGAAGAGGACAAAGAAAAAGAUAAUGGAAUUUUUUGAAGACCGGGACGGAAGAAGGAAGAAAAUCUGUCUGUAUGCCAUUUUGAUCAUUCCUGAACAAAGACUGGGAAAUUACACCAACCUCAAUGUGGGCCAGGUCUCCCUUGCUGGGGUUCUGCUACUAACAGUAGCUGAGCAAGGGCAGGAGGAAAACACAGCGAUGUGCUGGCUGCCGUGAACAAGGGCAGGCGGUGCAGGCCCGAUGCUGAGGCACAUCUCAACAACGCUGAGAAACAGGCCACCGUCUGUUCUUCGCCCUGAAAUAAAUGGUACCACCAAAACUGGUGUGUCUCAAUCCAUUCUUCUCCAGUGAUCCUAUUCUGAAUAACCCUGCUGCCUUCAGGAUUUAAGCAACUGUUCCAGUUGUGUUCCUCUC